GUUCUUUAUGGCAAAAACUGUUAUUGACAUGCUCCUCAAGGACCACAGCUUGACCCAUUGCUAUUGAUGUUGUGGUGUCCCACAAGGAUUCCAUCUUGGCCUGCUAUACUUUGUGCUGUACGUGCUGUCUCAAUCCAAUUUGGACUCAAGCAUUUUUGUGUUGUUGCGGCACCACAGGUAAUCGACUCGUUAGGCGUGAUGAUCUACAAGGCCCUGGACUAUGGCCUGAAGGAGAAUGAGGAGCGUGAGCUGAGCCCACCGCUGGAGCGCCUCAUCGACCUGAUGACCAAUGUGCAGGGGGCGGAGAGCGAUGACGCCUGCCCCGAUGAGGGCUACGAGGCUACAGAGGAGGAGGAAGAAGAAGAGGAGCAGCAGCAGCUGUCUGUCUCGACUUCGGGCGGCAGCGUCAGCCAAAUACGAAGCUACCGCGACAUGAUCUCGGUGUGUUCCUCCCACCUCCCGAGCCCUUCAGACGCCCCGGACCACUACCAAGCCGUGUGCCGCGCCCUCUAUGCCGAGUCCAGGGAACUGCACACUUUCCUGGAGAAGAUCAAGAGCGCCAAGGAGAAUCUGCGCAAAAUGGAAGGCGAAACCCUUCAACAACCUGUUCGAGACUUGGAUGAGCUACAAAAUGCAGAUUGGGCACGGUUUUGGGUCCAGGUGAUGCGAGACCUGCGCCACGGCGUGAAGCUAAAGAAGGUGCAAGAGCGUCAAUACAACCCGCUGCCCAUCGAGUACCAGCUGACGCCCUAUGAGAUGCUCAUGGACGACAUCCGCUCGAAGCGCUACAAGCUUCGCAAAGUCAUGGUGAACGGCGACAUUCCCCCGAGGCUGAAGAAGAGCGCCCACGAGGUCAUCCUUGAGUUCAUCAGAUCGCGGCCUCCUCUAAAUCCGGUGUCGGCCCGCAAGCUGAAACCGACGCCGCCACGACCGCAGAGCCUCCACGAGCGCCUGCUGGAGGACAUCAAGACGGAGAGGAAGCUCAGGCCCGUCUCUCCGGACAUGACCCGAAGGACCCGUCUGGGUGCCGGGAAAAGCAUCAGCACUCCUCACGAUCUGUGCUACACCUCAGACACCCCAGAUGCUCCCCGGAAGCUGGCCACCAGCACGCAGUCGCUCGUGCGGGGCUCGGCAAACCAGCUGAGCCAAAGGAAAAGGAUCCUGCGGGCGCCCACGCUGGCCGAACUGGAGAGCUCCGAAUCGGACGAGGAGACGACGAGGAGCAGCUCCAGCGCCACCGCGUCAUUGAUGGACAUCUCGCCAGAUUCUGCCAAAGACAAGAAAUCUCCUCCGGCGUUCCUGCCAGUGUCCGCCACGCCGCUGCCGGACAAGCGUCAGCCGGCGGCUCCUGUGCGCCGCCACUCCAUCGAAAAGGAAGCGCCUGCCAACUCCGCCCCUUUCGUCGCCCCCUCCAGACAGAGCUCCAAGUCUCUGCUGAUGGACAACGCCGGCAAGGUCCAAGAUGCCAGUAGCUCUACUCAGGGCACGGAGGAGUUCUGCUUCCCAGUGGAGUGUCUGACACUGACGGUGGAGGAGGUGAUGCACAUCCGCCAGGUGCUGGUCAAAGCUGAGCUGGAGAAGUUCCAGCAGUACAAGGACAUCUACAACGCGCUCAAGAAAGGAAAGCUUUGCUUCUCGUGUCGCGUGAAGAGGUUUUCCUUCUUCACUUGGUCGUACACGUGCCAGUUCUGCAAGAGGCCAGUGUGCUCACAGUGCUCCACAAAGAUACGUCUUCCUUCCAAGCCCUACUCCACGUUGCCCAUCUACACUUUGGGCCCCGGCGCGACGGCUAAAGAUGACGCGCCCAUAUCGUCGGCCUCGUCCGAAACGCCGGAGCAGUCGUUCGGUUUGGCGCAGAACCGCCGCAGCCUGCGCCGGAGUGUCUACAAGUUCUCCAAGUCGGACAAGGACGCCGAGAAUGAUGCCACCCCUCCGGCACGAGGUGACCUGGACCUCCCCAAGGAGCUAACGGAGGACUGGGCCGCCAUGGAGGUGUGCGUGGACUGCAAGAAGUUCAUCACGGAGAUCAUCUCGUCCAGCAAGCGCAGCCUGUGCGCGGCCAGCAAGCGGGCGCGCCUCCACCGCCAGAGUCGUUCCUUCUACCGCAGCUCGUCGGCCUCCGUCGACUUCCGGCCCUCGCCUCGCAUCCCCAUCCACGAGGUUUAGACGGAGGGGAAACGCAACAACGCGUCGCCGGGCUCUCCCCGCUCGCCAAAGUCAGUUCCCUCGCUCAAGAAAGCGUCGGAGAAUGUAAAAUCCGAAUGAAUGAAGGAAUGUUGGACAAAAAAAGGUUGUACAUAGCGUCCAAUCCCAACGCCGCAAGUUUUCCACGUAGCACUCAGGAACAACAAGCGAUUGUCGCCACCCUCAGGUUGUCUCCCUCCACCUCAGACUUCUCUCUCUUACCAAAUCAGCCCCCUUUUUUUUCCCCAUACCGCAUUUCUUUUUCAUUCAUCCAGUGACGCAAAAUCUGAAUUUGUUGACCAUGUCUCGUCAUGGAAAUCGUUAAAAAGAGAAUUCCAGAUUUUUCCUAGAUUUGAGCUUUUAAUCACCCCACACUCCCAUUUGAAGAAUUUGUUUUCAGCCACUGUAUCUCCACAACACACACACAUUCAAAUUAUACCAAAUGAUGAUUUUUGGACUACUUUGCUCAUUACUGGAAAUGACGAAGAAGGCAGUUCCAGAAUGGAGUUGUUCUCACUGAAGUUUCCAAUCACACCAAAUAAUUUGCUGUACUUCUCUGAUGGUGGAAAUGCUUUCUACCUUUUUGAAUUUUUUUUUUUUUUUAUUUUAAUCAGCCUAUAAUUCCAAAUAUUUUAAAAAAUAGCCAGACUACACCAAGUGAUUUUGAAGAGUGGAGAUUUUCCUGAUUACGCCAACAAUAUUUUAAGUACUUCUCAUUUGCAGGGUUUCCCCAAUUUGUUUUUGUAUUUCUGAAACUUUUUUUGUUGUUUUGUUUUUAACGCUGCUUUUUGAAAAGUGUACCUGGGGCCAAACUGCUGUUUGUUUUCUGAAUGUUUUCUAGUUGUACAUAGUGUACUUGCAUCGAGUGCUACGGUACUGUACUCCUCGGUGGGCGCUCUGGCUUCUUUAUCUGUUUUCAUGACUGCUCUGAUUGUUGUACAUGCUGUAUAGAUCAAAACGCUACAGAUAGAAUUCAACUUUUAUGAGGAUCAAAUGUUUGUCAAAUCAAAGUCUUUUAUGUGUUUAAAAAAAUGUGUCUUAUAUUUAAGUAUUUAUGUUGGACUUUUGUCUUGUUUUUUUUUCUUUUUUUUUUCUAGCCCAGGCAGGGUUUCUCCAUUCUUGCAAAGCAAACCUGAUUGUUGAAGACGAUUUAAUGACCUUUUGUGACUCAACUUAAACAACAAAACAAGCUGGUCCUGUUCUACAAUGACGUUCAUGUUCCCAUCAAACCUGAUCUAAUUUUUAGGCUCUGGUGUGCAUGCUUGUCUUUUUUUUUUUUUUAAUGGAAGAAAUUACAAUAAAAACUGAUUUCUUA